AUGUCGUCAUUAUACGCUUCCGACAGUAAGCUUUCAACCAACAUCCCACAGCAGUCUUCCUUAAUAGCAGAUAUGUAUGGAGUUCAGUAUCCACCAUUUAAAUUCAAACAUCGGCAUGAAAGCGUGGACUGGAGGAGAAUCAGUGCCAUUGACGUGGACAGAGUGGGGAGUGAACUGGAUUUUGUCACCUUGCAGGAAAACAUAAUGAACAUCACUUUCUGCAAUAUGGAUUCUGAAAAAUGUCCUUAUUGCCAAAAUCCACUGGAUCCUGUUCUGCUGAAAAUGUUCAGGUUGGCGCAGCUCACCAUAGAAUAUCUUCUCCAUUCUCAGGAAUACCUCACAUCUAAUUUACAGAUUUAUGAAGAAAAAUUGCAGGCAGCUGAUUCUGAGAAGGAGCAGAUUAAGAAGGAAUUUUGCAAAUUAUCUGAAGAAAUUAAAUCUCAGAAGGAGGAAUGCAAACGUAGAAAGCAGAUAAUUUCUUCCCAGCAGAUGAUGAUUCAGGCUGGAGCCAAUAACUACCAUAAGUGCCAAUAUUGUGACAAGUCCUUUAUGAGCCAUUUUUUUAAGCAAAACCAUGUUCAGCGUCGCCACCAAGAGCAAAUUGAUGUUGGGUAUCAGAAGAAAAUGCAAACUGAUAAAAUCCAAGAUGAGAUGGAUCAACUAAAAAAACAACUGCUUCAAACUCAGUCACAGCUAGAAGUUGAAGAACAGAAGUACUCUAGAAAAGAAUUUCAGGAACUUGAAAAUAGAGCAAUGAAAGAAGAAGAAAUAAAGAGGUUUGAGAAGUGGAAAGAGGAAGAGAAAAAGAAAUUAAAUGAUGAGAUGGAGAAAAUUAAACAAAUGUUUAUUGUUGAGUUUAAAGAAAUGUCUGCAAAGAAUUCUGCACUGGAAUCAGAGCUGAUGCAGAUCAAGAGUACAAGUUUGCAGCUUAAUUUGAGCCUUAGUGCUUUGAAAAAUGAGCAUGAACAUGAAAUUCAGGAGGAAAGACACCAAUAUCAACAAAAAGUGCAAGAACUCAAGGAACUUUUAGAAAAGCAGGAAUCUAAGUGGACUUCAGAAAUACAAAAUAUCCAUGAAAAACAUGACAGUGAGAAGCAAACGCUCCAGCUUGAAAUAAGAACAUUGAUGUCAUCCAUCAACAAAAAACAAAAGGCAACCGCCUGCUACUACAAGAAAAAAAUUAAGGAGCUAAGCCAAAAGCUGUAUGAUCAACAUCAACUGAUAACUAACCAUGGAGAGGUACAAACAUGUGCCAUAAGACCACCAAAGAAGAUACUGGAGCUUUCAUCAAUUAUUACAAAUCUUCCACAACGAAAAUCCUUAACUAAAGAGCAGGCUGCGUCAACGUUGGAAUCUAUAGAGGAACUUUGUGAAGAUGAAGAGAUGAAAGAACUGAUGGAAUUGUCAAGGUGCAAGAAAAACCUUAAAAAUGUUUUGAAGCAAAAUCCAUCUGUAGCCAAAGAGCUGCGUAAAAUCUUAGAGCACAGUUUGGAAGAAAAAUUAGAAAACCUAGGCAUAAAGUCAGAUGUUCAAGGUAUCUCUGAAGGACGACUGUCAAGAAUUCUUCAAACUGUUGACUCCCAAAGAGAAGAAAAAUCAAAAUCAAUACCAAACUUCUAUCUCUUUAGAGAAAAUUUGGCCCAUGAGGUCGAGAAUAAGAUUCUUCAACAACAUUCCCCAUCUUCUAAGAUAAUUAAGACUUGUAGUAAACGAUCAACAUCAGGUAAGAAAACAGUUACAUACAGGAAAGUAUGUAAGAAUAAAUCUUCAGGUAUUGUGCAGAGCUUUGAAACAGAGCAGCCCACCUGUUCCAUUCGGAAAAUUGUACCUUGUGCUAAGCCAUCAACAGCUACGUUGAGCAGUACAACCAGUUCUGAUGAUUCUGAAGAAGAAUUGCCCAAACUAUCUUCGAGCAGCUCUAGUUCAGAUACGACAUCAAGUGAAAGUAGCAAAUUAUCUGAUGUUUGUGAACUGAUGGAAGUGGUUCCAUGCCCGCCAAAGCAACCGAUUUCACUUUGCAAAACUAAAGGCAAGCCUUCACAGAGCCGUAAUAUUUGCACAAUGGUGUUGUCAGAACCUGCCUUAGAAGGAACUGACUGCUGCCAGUGUGAAUUUCAAUGUGAAAUAUUCAAGCAAUAA